GAAUAACAAUUCACGGCCACAAUUUUGAUCAUACACAAAAUAUGUUAUCAGAUUGGAGAUUUGUCAUUUGAUUGAGAUUGUAUUUUAAAUAUUAUAUUUUUAUAAGCUAUAUUUAGGAUGGAUAAAUGUAGAAACCAGAUGUUGGAGUUUGAACAAGCGUUGAAAAAUAAGAGUUCAAAUAAGUGUACUUUAUAUUCAGCGAAUACGAACUUAAUUUCGAAUAAUAUUAAAAUAGAGGAUGUGAUAUUAAGCGUUUCGAACCAAAUAAAAGCCCUGCAGAGUGCGGAUUUUGUAAAUAAACAUCAUAAUAUAAACAAAGUCAAAUCGUCUGGGAAUGGUUUGCUGCCAAAUAGGGCAUUAAAAGAAAAUAUACCUAACAAAUUUGAAACACAAUGCGUGUCGGACACACAGUUGAUUGAAAUAGUACAAAUUGUUGAAGCACAAGAAGCUGAUAGGGGUAUAAUAAAAGAAUUUGAUACUACAUUUUGUCAAAAAACUAAUCAUAUUGAUUAUUCUGAAUAUGUUUGUAAGGAAAAGGUUGAUAACAGUAAUAACACUAAAUGUUUAUAUAUUAAUAACACAGUUGCCACACAAAAAGUCCCACCUAGUAAUGAUAAUUCUAGUUGCUCAAAUGGAAUAUUUAAAAAUGGAGAUGAUGUUCAAGAUACAUUUGAAGUUUCCAAAGAAUUUUCAGAUUCAGAAGAUGUACAGCAAUUUCAAGCAUUAGAAGAUUUGGAAAAGAGUCAAAUAAUAAGUAACAUUAAACCUCUUAUUAUUCAAACUGCACAACCCUUAGUAUGUAAAUUGGAUUCUUUUGAAAAGUUUGAAGCAUUAGCUCUGCCUAUAAUUGAACAAUAUCCUGAUUUAAAGGUUGCAAAGAAAGUUAUCAAUUCCCAAAUUGAAAGUAAAGAAUUAUUUUUUGAGGCAAACAUUGAUCCAAUUCUGAAAAACCAUAAGCUAAACACAAGUCCAAUUUUAAAAUCAAAUAUUGACAUUAAAAAUCACAAUGAAAUGAAAAAUGUUAUACCCUCAAAACAUAAAUCCCAGCAUAGUAUGAUAGAAGAUGAAAUUUUGUUUAGCAGUGAUGAAGAAAAUAACCAUUCAACAAAUGCUGGUGAAGAUUUGCCAUUGACUUGUGCUCUACCGACUUCUUUUUAUGACUAUACUGGUCUUUUAGAUAAAACAAUGUAUGUAGGUUUUCAGACUGCCAGCAACAAGACCAUACAAGUACAUUCUGAUUCAUUUAUUAAGGCUCAAAGUCUUUUAAAUAAGCAUGAGCUUGAAAACAUAGAUGUCACAGACCUUGUUUACAUGUUCGACAAUACUUUUAAAAGUUCAAAUAAUACAAAUUCUAUAGAAGUGAAUCACAGAAAUAUUAGCUUGUUGACAAAUAAUCAUAGUGCUGAUAAACUAAGUUUAGGUGAUAAUAUAUUUGUCGGUUUUCAAAAAGCUAAUGGUAAAACAAUUGAUAUAUCUGAAAAUGCACUAAUAAAGGGAUCAGAGCUAUUUAAAGAUAUUGUUACAAACAUUAAAAUGUCACAUUCACAAGAAAGUUUACUUAAUAAAUAUAAAAAUAACUUGGAAGCACACAGUUGCAAUCUUACUAAAACAGUUGACCCUAGUAAAGAAGCUAUUAAAACUUCUACUUCUUUACCAAAUAUGGUCAUAUCAAAACAAGAUAAUGAAUCUCAGAUUAUUAAAAUCAAUAAUGAUGUAGAAAACAUGUUGAUAAAAAUAGACGACGAUAAUAUUAUACAGGAGUUUAAAACUAAUUUGGUUGAAAAGGAAGAAAGUAAUAAUAAUGCACUAUCAUACCCAAAAAAAAUGAAUGAGAUGGUAAGCAUUGAAAUGGCUGAAUCAAAACUGAUAAAAUUAUCAAAUAAUGUUAUAGAAAAACCCGAAACGCGGUUUCAGAAUAGUCCUGAGAUGAAAAGUGCAUGUAAUGCAACUCCAAUUGCUGAAUUAUCUGGUUUCAAAACAGCAAGUAACAAAAGUAUUGCAGUGUCAGAAAAAGCUUUAUUGAAGUAUCAAAAUAUAUUAGAUAACAUAGAUUUCACAAAUGUUUUAGAACCAUUCCAAGGUAUGGAAAACAAAGAAUCUGGGACAUGUGCAAUGCCUAUAUUUAAAGGCUUUUCAACAGCAAGUAAUAAAGAUAUAAUAGUAACUAAAGAAGCUUUAUUAAAAAGUAAAGCACUAUUUGAGAAUAUUGUCAUAAAUUCCGACAUGACAGUAAAAAAUGAUAGAUUAAACAAAAUACACUCAGAUAUGUUUGACAGCUUUAAAAUUGCAAAUAGUAAUAUAAUAGAAGUGUCUAAAGAAGCCUUAUGUAGAAAUGAUAAAAUAAUUGAUAAUAUCUCAGAGGAAAAUGUAGAAAAUAUUAGAAAUACAUCUAAUAAGGUAUAUGAACCAGGAAUAGAGCUCCAAGGUUUUGUCACUGCAAAUAAUAAACCUAUUAUGGUGUCUUCAAAAUUAAUUGAUAAAUAUAAAAACAUUUUUGAUGACAUUGAUAUAAUGGAAAGUAAUGUUAUUAAUGAUGUUAAAUAUCAAAAUAAUAAAAGUCUCUCUAAAGAUGUAACUAAAAUAACUAAUAAUUAUGAGUCUAAAUUUCAACUACAUACAUCAAGUGAAAUGGCAGUUGAUGUGUCUAAGACAAUAGCAAAAGGUAAAGAAAUAUUAAGGGAUUGCUAUAGUUUCCAAGGUUUUCAGACGGCUAGUCAUAAAAAAAUUAGUGUACCAGAAGAAAAAAUGGCAAGUUAUUUGAAAGUAUUUGACGGUAUUGAUUUAAAUAUGACAGAAAUGGAUGAAAGUAUAUUAAAAUCACCUAGUGAAGCAAAAAUGCAAGAUUCCCAGUUAAUUGAACUUAAAACUGUUAAUAAUGAAAACAUUAGUUUCCCAGAAGUCUCUAAGGCUAACAGUAACAAACUUAUGCACAAUAUUGAUUUAGUUAUUGCAAAUAAAGAAGAUGAAUGUGCAUGUACAUACAUACACUUACCAGAACCUAAGGAUACAUCAAAACCAGAAAAGUAUGUUUUCCACACAGCUAGUAGUAAACCAAUUAGUGUUACUGAAGAAGCUUUUGAAGCCAGUCAAAAAAUAAUAAAUGCAAAAACAGACAAAGAUGUGAGAAAUGUCAUUAGUUUGGAAAAUGCUGGAUUUAAAACUGCUAGUAAAAGAAAAAUUGACAUAUCUAAACAGACUUUAAAGAAAGCCAAGAAGUUUUUGGAUGGAAUUGAUGAAAUGCCAUUAAAUAAGUUUAAAGAAGAGCAACAUAUGAAAUCAAAAUUUCAAUUUCAAACUGCAAAUAAUAAAACAGUUAAUGUUUCUGAAGAAGCAAUUGUAGCCAGCCAAACACAACUUAAUACUGACCUCUAUUAUAAGAGAUUCCAAAUGUCUGAACAUAAAAAUAAUUAUGUGUCUAAAGAAACUAUGAAUGUUAUUGAUGGCAUUGAUUCCAAUGACGAUUCAAAACAAAAUUUUCCAACAUUAUCUAAUAAAGAUUACAUUCAGAAUUCAAAACUUAGCAAUAAAAUUAAUUCUGAGAGAGAUGGAAAUAAAGAUGGAUCUCAAGAAGCAACAUUAGAACAACUGAAAGAUAUCAGUUUGAAUAAUAUUUUAGAUAGUCAAAUCAUAAAUAACUUUGAAGAAACUCUAUACACUGAAGAUUUUUUCAAAGAAACAUCAUCGACUUGUAAGAGAUCUGGUAGCCCUAUUCUACAUUGUCCUAAAGCCAAAAAACGUAGAUUUGAAGCACCAGCAAGUGUUAUAAAGAAUGUCAACCCCAAUGGCUGUCAAACCAAUAGGAAAGCAACAUUUAUUUUUGACAGUAAUUAUAAGAAACAUAAAGUGUAUAGUCUCAAAGAUUUGAAGAUGUUUGAAGAAAAAUAUAAAUCUAAAACUAUAGAUACUCAAUUUUUUUGUUUUAACUUUGAAAAUAUUUUGAAGUUUGAAUUUAGCAGUGAGAGAAAUGAUUGGAGCGGGGUAACAUUAAGUACAAAUGAUAUAAAAGAGAUAUUUGUUGAAUCUGUUAAUAAAAAAAUAAUUCCAACUGGCUGGAUUGAAAAUCAUUUGAAAUUAAUUAUAUGGAAGUUACUAUCAUAUGAAAUUAAAUAUCCAAAUGCUUGUUACAAAGCUUGUUCAAUGAAGAAAGUUAUGGAACAACUUAAAUAUAGAUAUGACCGGGAAUUAUAUAAUGUUCAAAGACCUGCCUUUAGAAAGAUAUUAGAGCGAGAUGACACACCUACAAAAACUAUGGUUGUAUGUGUCGUUGGUUUCUAUAUAAAUGGUGUUUAUGUCAGCAGUGUGGCCAACUCAACAGACCCCAUAGAGUUACUACUAACAGAUGGUUGGUACUGCAUAAAAGCAUGUGUAGACAGGCUAUUGACAAACUAUGUGUGUCAGGGCAAAGUAUCUGUUGGUACCAAGCUUGUAAUACAUGGUGCGGAAUUGGUUAAUUGCGACCAAGGAAUGUCUCCGUGGGAGGACACAUCCUCCGUAAGGUUAAGAUUGUUCGGUAACUCAACGCGCCGUGCCCGGUGGGAUGCGACAUUGGGUUACCAUAGCAACGCGGCCAUCUUAACACAACUGUCAGCUGUUAAAGCUGAUGGCGGAAAAGUAUCAAAGUUACGGGUGUUUGUUACGCGUGUAUAUCCUACGCUUUAUGUUGAGAAGUUUGAUGAUGGUAGCAUGGAACAAUGCACAAUGGCAGGAGGCUCACCUGAUGUUAAGUGA